CUUCCCUCCCUCUCUCCCGGGGCGCUCUCUUGCAGCCCAGAAGUUUCCCAUGGAGUUUGUGGCCGCGCUGCGCCUCUGCCUGGGGCUGGGGCUGGGGCUGGGGCUGGGGCUGGGACCCGGGCCGGGGCCGGGGCUGGGCCACCCGCAGCCCUGUCCCCGGGGUGCGCAGCUCGGGGCCCCGCUGCGCCUGGGCGCCCUCCUGCCCCGGGCGGCGGCCCUGCAGCGCCGCUUGCGGCGCGCCCUAGCCCGGGCCAUCUCAGAGGGCGCAUGGGGAACCGAGCCGGAGCUGGAGCUGGGGCUGGGGCUGGGGCCCGAACCGGAGCCGGAGCUAGAGCUGGAGGCCCCCGCGCCCCCCUCCCGGGACCCCGCCUCACUGGCCGCCUGGCUGUGCCGCCUGCUGGCCCGGCCCGGGCUGGCUGCACUGCUGGCCUUCCCCGAGUCCCGGCCGGAGCUGCUGCAGCUUCACUUCCUGGCCGCCAGUCUGGAGACCCCCGUGCUGAGCCUGCUGCAGCUGGACGCGCGCCUGCCGCCUGCCACGCCGAAUCCCUUCCACCUGCAGCUGGACUGGGCCAGCCCCAUGGAGACACUAGUGGAUGUGCUCCUCUCUGUGCUUCGGGUCCAUGCCUGGAAGGACAUCGCCCUGGUGCUGUGCCGCAUCCGUGACCCCGGAAGCUUCUUGGACUUCUGGACCCAGCGCACGGGGCUGGCCCCGAGGAUGACCCUAGAGCUGAGCCGGCUUCCUGGAGCUCUGACGCGCCUUGAGGCCCUGGCGGGGGAGCCUCCCCCUGUCACAGCCGCCAUCCUGUUUGGCUGUGAUGCCAACCGUGCCCUCCAAGUGUUGGCCGCGGCCCCUCCCGGACCCCGCUGGCUCCUGGGCACACCCCUGGAGGCCACAGAGCUGCCUACUCAGGGCCUGCCCCCGGGACUGCUGGCCUUUGGUGGGGACAGCCGGCCCCACCUGGAGGAUCUCACCCAGGAUGCUGCAGGGCUGGUGGUGCAGGCUCUGGGCAGGGCUGCACAUGCCCAGCCUGACCACGCCAUCUUGCCCUCAGCAGUCAGCUGUAGCAGCCCCCGACUGGCAGGGCCCAACUCCUGGGGCCAGCGCCUGGCAGGGUUCCUGGCCAAUGCUUCCUUCGACGGUCGGACGGGCCACAUGUGGGUGACCGGCACCUCCCAGGUCCACCUCCAGCGCCACUUCCAGGUGUGGAGCCUCCUGCGGGACCCCCGGGGGGCCCCGGCCUGGGUGACCGUGGGCCACUGGCAGGACGGGCGGCUGGAGCCGGCGGCGGGCGGGGUGUGGCCGGGGGCGGGGGGCCUCGGAGGGCGGACGCCAGCCCAGUCCUCUCUGCUGGAGCCUGAGGUCGGGCAGCCGAAGCUGCGGGUGGUCACCCUGGUGGAACACCCCUUUGUCUUCACCCGGGAGGUGGACGAGGACGGGCUCUGUCCUGCUGGCCAGCUGUGCCUGGACCCUGGCACCAAUGACUCAGCCGUCCUGGGCGAGCUCUUUGCCGCGCUGGACGAUCCGGGUAACAGCUCGGUGCCCCGGGAGCUGCGCAAAUGCUGCUACGGCUACUGCAUCGACCUGCUGGAGCGGCUGGCAGAGGACCUGCCCUUUGCCUUCGAGCUGUACAUCGUGGGGGAUGGCAAGUACGGCGCCUGGCGCGACGGACGCUGGACCGGCCUGGUGGGGGACCUGCUGGCAGGCAGCGCCCACAUGGCCGUCACCAGCUUCAGCAUCAACUCGGCGCGCAGCCAGGUCAUCGACUUCACCAGCCCCUUCUUCUCCACCAGCCUGGGCAUCCUGGUCCGGACCCGCGACACGGCCUCGCCCAUCGGGGCCUUCAUGUGGCCCUUGCACUGGACCAUGUGGGUGGGGGUCUUCGUGGCCCUGCACCUGACCGCCCUCUUCCUCACGCUCUACGAGUGGCGCAGCCCCUACGGCAUGACCCCCCAUGGGCGCAACCGCCUCAAGGUCUUCUCCUACUCCUCCGCCCUCAACCUCUGCUACGCCAUCCUGUUCGGCCGCACCGUCUCCAGCAAGACGCCCAAGUGCCCCACGGGACGCUUCCUCAUGAACCUCUGGGCCAUCUUCGGCCUCCUCGUGCUCUCCAGCUACACGGCCAACCUGGCCGCCGUGAUGGUGGGGGAGAAGACCUUCGAGGAGCUGUCGGGCAUCCACGACCCCAAGCUCCACCACCCCUCCCAAGGCUUCCGCUUCGGCACCGUGUGGGAGAGCAGCGCCGAGGCCUACAUCAAGAAGAGCUUCCCCGAGAUGGCCGAGUAUAUGCGGAGGCACAACGUGCCCACCACGCCCGACGGGGUCACCAUGCUCACGACAGACCCUCCCAAGCUCAAUGCCUUCAUCAUGGACAAGUCUCUGCUGGACUACGAGAUGUCUAUCGACGCGGACUGCAAACUGCUGACUGUGGGGAAGCCAUUUGCCAUCGAAGGCUACGGGAUCGGGCUACCUCGGGACUCGCCUCUCACCUCCAACCUGUCCGAGUUCAUCAGCCGCUACAAGUCAUCAGGCUUCAUUGAUCUGUUGCAUGACAAGUGGUACAAAAUGGUGCCCUGUGGCAAGAGGGUCAUUGCCGUCACGGAGACUCUGCAGAUGGGUAUCUACCACUUCUCGGGGCUCUUUGUGCUGCUCUGCCUGGGCCUGGGCUGCGCCCUCCUCACCUCCCUGGGCGAGCACAUCUUCUACCGCCUGGUCCUUCCUCACAUCCGCAAGCACGCCAAGUUACAGUACUGGCUGCACACGAGCCAGAAAAUCCAUCGGGCUCUCAACGCCGACUUAGACCAGCAGAAGAACCAGAAGUCAGAGCCAGAGCCGGAGCCAGAGCCGGAGCCAAGUUGUGAUACCCAGAGUGAGGAAAGCAGCAGAAACAGCCUUAGGCUAGUUGCGAAGGGCGAGCGCAGGGUCCGGUUUCAGGAACCGGAGGUCAAGGGGCCCGACCUGCAGCUUACCAACGGGCGCCUGCCCCAGCAGCAGCCAGAAGCCCGUCCCCAGGCCGCUCCCCUGGCAGCCGCUGCAGCUCCCACCACCCAGAGCGAGCUGAAGGCCCUGGAGCAGAGAAUCAAGGGCAUGCGAGAUCAGCUCCGGGCCGCCCUGCUCAGGAAGAGCGAGCUGGUGCUCCUGCUUGGGAGGGACCUGCCCCCCCGCAGCCGGCUCCUGCCGCCCCUCCAGGAGAUCAGCGAGGACAGGUAACCCCACCGGAGUGUCCACCAAUUCCACGGCCUCCCGCCCCCUGGUGCCAGCCCACCGGAGCACGUCAGAAAGCAGCAGGCGGGACACCCAGUGGGCUCACCCGAGCCCCUCUGCUUUGCUGCACUGGGCCUUCCGGGCCAACUGCUACCUGCCUUUGGGGGGCUCAUCCUAUUCAGUACAACCGCUGAUGCCCUCAGGCCCCUACACAAACGGAGCUCGCUUCCCAGGACGGGUCCCACUUUUAGGGCCAGCUGGUCAGGACAGGGCCCAGGGAGAGGACUUUGGCCCUUGGCCGCAGCAGAGAACCGCGUGAGGUAACCCUGAGAAGUGCCCUGCAUGCCUAGGAGCUUCAUCUUAAUCAGGACGCACAGAUCCCAACCUCUCCCCGGGUCCUGCCAAGGUAUCAGCCUGUGGCUGCAAAGGUCACUUCUGGCCCGGAUCGACCCCAGCAGCUUCUCUCAUCUUAGGGCCAUCACAAUCCACAAUCUUUUAGUUACAGCAGGCAAAGAAUUUAAUACAUUUAAAAAUAUUUUAGACACCAUAAAUGGAAAAAAACACAGGUAAUGAUCUUCACUGUCCCCACGGGGAAGAAUCAGGCCAGACGCAGGAUCGCUGUAGUGCAUAGCCCCGGACACGCCUACCCAGAAAGGACACGGGAGAAGAGGGACGGGCCCCAGCUCCAGCACCGUACAGAAUGCAAAAGGAAACCCUGAGGACCAGAGAUACGACUGGAGAGGCCAAGGAGAACUGCACGGGGUGGGAUGUGGAGGGGCUGUGGCCAUGACAGCCCAACUCUGGGCUCUUUCCACCAGCCUGGCAGGUCCUUUUAACCUCUCUGGGGGAAGUGAUCUGUUCUCCUGAAGUUACAAUGAAAGUGGGGGGGAGUCAAUCCAAAGAGAGCAACUGUUAGAUAGACUAUUUAUUAUAUAUACAAACACAAUUUUUGUACAUUACAAUUAAAUAGAAUGGAAUGAAUUUUUUAUUUUUCAUUCCUCACCAAGUGAUUUGGUUGAUUUACUCCACCUCCGGCUUGUUGUCCAAAGCUCUCACGUUGGUCCAGAGAGAGCAAGUCAAUUUCCAAAGCAGCAGCAGGAGGGAUCUGGACAGGAGACUGCCCUCCCAACUCCCCAUAAUCUUUCAUUGCUUUUGACUGGUGGAGGUUGGGACCCAGAAACUGUUCAAGUCCAUUUCCCGAGCCGGGGAGACCAGUUUUCCCACUGAAUUCUGGUUCCCAGAGCCAUGAUACUCACUCAUACAUUUCCCCUAUACAUAGAAAAUUUUGCCAGGUACAGCUCUGUAAGCAGGUACAGGGUGGGGAACAGGAUACACGGGGACACCUCAAGUCACAUUCUGCCUCAAAUGAACAAGAUUCCUUAUGGCUGUCACUCACUGGCUUCACAUGGUGCUCAGUUCUACAGGUCUGGGGAUGCCUUUUCCCCACCCUCACUAUAGAGUUCUGCACACACCCGGUCUCUCACUUUCUCUUCUCAGGCCACUUUAGGGACUCCUGAGCAGCAGCAGGGUAGCCUUUGCCUCAACUGCCCCCUUUCAGCUGUCGGGAAGCAACUGCUUUAUUCAGAGUAAUCAGGUACUCCCCAGAGAGCGAAGAAAUGGCCUGCGGGCACCAUACUGCUUCCACUGGGUAGAAAAUCCCAGGCUCACCCUGGAACUGCCACUACUUCCACAGGACUCUUGCAGAUUUUCUCCUUAAAAAGUUGCUGGGAAAGUCAGGCUCCAGCUAGGAGGAGGCAGGGAGAAUAAGCCACCCUCCAGGCCCAAGAAAAGGCACUGAGCUCCAAGCACCAAGCAGAGACGCCUGUGGAGGGAAGAUGGAGAGGGAGAAGCAGCGGCCAGUAAGGUUCCAUGCCGAAGGUCUCACUCCUCUCCUUCCUGGCCCUGUGUGUGCAUGCUGGCUGAAGGCUGGCCUUCGCAGCUCUUGGCCUUUUGCUCCAAAUUUCUGCAUUUCAGCCCCAAGCCAAAUCUACUCUCAACCAUCGCUGAUCGCUUAGGGACCAAUUCUCUUCAUCUGGGGCUUUAGGAGGGGACCAGCUGGGAGUGGGAGGGAUAAAAGGGGCUGCCAAAGGCGCUCUCUCCAUGGAGAUGUACAACUCCAUCUCUUCCUGGACCUUUUGUCUGCUCCUACUAGGCCAGUGUAGGGGCCAAACCAGACCCCUCCUAGUCUGCCUCACCCAACCCUCACUAGGUCCCAACGGGGCAUCUUCCUCCUGCCCUUUCCCCACCCUUGGCACUUCUCCAAGCCCCACACCACAGCCCUAGCUCUUGCUGCCUUGGAGGACCGAGAAGACGCUGAGCUCAUGGUGGUAGACGAAACCCAAUUCUAACAAUUCCCAGAGACUGAGUAGAGAGGUCUCCCCUCCAGGGCUCCUCCAAUCAAAGGGGAAAAAAAUAG